AAAUCUGUGAAAAGCAGUGUAGUCAGUUUGGUAUUCUGUGAGCUGCUGCACAAAUUCCGCCAUACUGUUUGUUUUGAUACAUUUAUAUCAUUACCGUAUAUAAUUUUUCAACAGCAUAAACAAAAAACUACCUAAAAAAAUAGCUAAUUAACCAGUUUGACAUAAAAUUGUGAUAUUUAGAGAUAAUUAACCAUCCGUAAAAAAAUAAAAAUAAAAUUAAAAAAAAGUAACACUAUAGUGUCACCAGUAGCGCCUUGUGUUAGUGUGUUGGUGUGCCAGUUUAGUAAACGUGACGAAGGAACAUCAGCAGCAUUACAUUGUCGUUCUCAGUUUGGAUACUCAUAGCAGUAGCACCAGCAGCACUAGUAUCAGUCACCGAUCUCAGCCAUGGCCUGUGCCACCCUAAAAAGAUCCUUGGAAUUUGAUCCUGUUCACAGCCACGGCCGUCCUAGUAAGCGACGAAGAUGUGCUCCAAUGUGCGUAUCACCUGGCAGUUCAACCCAGCGGACAUCAAGCCAACAAAAUCCAUCACCGUUUGGCGAAGUCACGCACAAAUUGACGCCUGAGAAAAUGGCUGCUAACAUUAGAGAAGAAAUUUGCCGAUUACAUAAACGUAAGCAGUUGCAUUUCAACCCACAAGGUAAUUCAAGUGGUUGUGAUUCUUCGGACAUGGAAGGGGGCCCAGCAAGUCCAUCUGGUUGUGGUUCAAGCUCGUACAACAACUGCAGUCCCAACAGCAGGGAGAAACCAUUAUUCACAUUUAGACAAGUUGGAUUGAUUUGCGAGAGAAUGCUCAAAGAACAAGAAACUCAAAUACGCGAAGAAUAUGAUCAGAUAUUAACAAUGAAGCUCUCUGAACAAUACGACGCUUUUGUUAAAUUUACAUACGAUCAAAUUCAGAAAAGAUUUGAGUCUGCAGCUGCACCAAGCUAUCUGUCUUAAAUAGAAGCUUGUACUUUUAAGAAAACAAGUUUUGAAAGGAAGAAUUAGGUAAGAAAUAUUGAAUCAAUUGUCCUUAACGACGAUCAAUGGGGAUUUAUUGAUCUAUUAUUUCACGAAAUAAAAAUCGCAGAUUUACUGCGUAAGGAUAAAAUUAUUUGCUUAAAGUUUACUCUGAGUAAUGUUAACAGGAUGAAAAAGUUAUUAAAUUCUAUAAAUAAAUAAAUCAGCAAAUAAUGAAAUUUGUAACGAAUACACUUUGGAUUUGAAGAGUUAAGAAAUAAUAUAAAAAAAAAAAAAAAUACCAUACUCGGCAUAAACGGAGGAUGAUUAGUUAUGUAAGUUUAUAGUAGACUUGUAGUUAAAUACAAUUUAAAUAAACGAAGAUCGAUCAAUAAA